AUGGCUACCGCCGUCCAGCCCGCGAUGAUCAUGGCUCCUGCCUUCAACCCUCAUAUCAACCAGUGCCACGAUCCCGAGCAGGAGUUCUUCGACUUCAGUCAACUGCCUUCACCCACACAACCCGGCCUCAAGCGCGAAUCAAGCUCCGUCUCCAACAUCGCUAGCCCGACCAGCACCACCAUCGAGGAGGAGCUCCAGGAGGCUGCGAAACCCAGCCACGAGUAUGAGCGCUUCAAGCAACAGACUGGCAUCCCGUCUGGCUCCCUCACCGGCCUGAACGCCGGCUACAGCUCCAGCUAUCCCAUCUUCUCGUCCUCGGGCCUCGACAUGAUGGGCAGCGACUCGGUCAUGGACGGCGCAUGGAACAGUGGCACUGGCAUGGACAUGAACGUGGGCAUGGACUACACCCAGCCCGCAUACAUGUUCCCCAACAACGACCAGGAUGACUUUGUGGACCCUAGCGCCAUCCAACAAGAGGAAGGUCCCGCCGUCAGGCUCUACCCCGGCAUGCACCAGCAGCAGGCUGCUCUAGCCAAGGCACAACAGCAGGCGCAGCAACAGCGUCAACAGCAGCAGAUCGCACACCAGAGGCAGCAGGCUCAGCUGCACGCACAGCAACAGCAACAGCAACAGCAACAGCAACAGCAACAGCAACAGCAACAGCAACAGCAGCAGCGCGCUGCACCCCCUUCGAGCAGCCGUAAGACGUCUAGCCCGUUGAGUGACGACCGCACAGAGGCGACAAUUGCUCGCGUCGUUGCUCAGAUCCGCCAGGAGAGCCAAAACGCCGCGCUUGCGUCCCACGAUGCCAACGGCAACAUUCUCCCCCACAUCAUCCGCGCCAAGAAGGACGAGGAAGAUAUGGACGAGGACGAGCGCCUGCUUGCCUCAGAGGAGGGUAAGAAGCUCAGCUCCAAGGAGCGCCGCCAGCUUCGCAACAAGGUCUCUGCCCGCGCCUUCCGCUCGAGGAGAAAGGAAUACAUUGGCCAGCUUGAAGGCGAGGUCGCCAUGAAGGUCAACGAGGCAAACGAGCUCCGCUCCCAGAACCGUGCCCUGAUGGAGGAGAACGCCCGUUCGCGUGCCUUCAUUGAGCGUCUGUUGAGGCAUCAGGCUUUCGGUCCCUUCCUCGAGGAUCUUGUUCGUGAGGAGGGUAUCACAGCUCAAGCUCCUCUGGCAUCCAUGCCUUCAUCUUCAACCCCUGUUGCCUCCGCGCCGCCACCGGCUCCCUUUCAACAGUCGUUUGUUUCCCAGUCCGAGAAUACGCAUGUCGGUAUGACAAUGGUUCCCGAGACCCAGCUCGACUUCUCGAUGCUCAACAUCAACAACACCAGCAGCAGCAGCAGCAACGCCAACUGGAACAUGAACAACGGAUUCAACGGUUACCAGCCCCGCGUCUUCGCUGUCACCGAGCUCCCUGAAGGCCCCGCCAACCCGCUCGAUGUCUCCGCCAUGUCCGGCAAGGGUCACAGCACCAUCUUCGCCGUUGAGGAUGAGGCGUCUGCUGACGAGGAUGCCAAGUCUGACUACCCGGUCAUUGAGUACCCCGUCCAGUCCCAGCAGCCUCUCAUGGCUGCUGUCGAGGAGGAGGACGAGGAUUCAGAGUAUGACCUGUACCGCUCUUCGCCCGCCCCUUCUGCUUCGCGCUCUGCGCCGCUUGAGAUUCUUUUCACCAACACUGAGAAGACCUUCGGCCACUUUACACUGCAUGUGUCGAACGAGGCUACCGAGGCUCUCUUGGCAGAGCGCUUGGAGAGGAAGAUGGCCGCUAUGGAGCCUGCGUUCCAAAGGAUAGCAGCCAUUACAUCGAUGCUUGACUACUAG